CUACAGGAUAUCGACACCAGAAUCUGUUGGCCAAUCAGAGCCUCUACAUGCCAAUCAAGCAACACCCCCCUCGGAUGAGAGUGUAGAAGUCCGACUGCACUGCGAGGUGGGAUACAAACAUCUGUGUAUCCAGGCACAGUUGCCAACACUGUAUCACUGCCAUCCGACGGUGAAAAAAAAAGAAGACACAAACGGCAGGAAAGCCUACAGCAGAGCAGCAUAGCCUUUCUGCCUCAAGAUUCAUCGUUGCAGCCAGAUGCCCAAUUAUUACUGAGUGUAAAGAGACACUGAAGAGGCUCGGACAUCUGACAGAGGCUUUUUUCUUUCCUCCCCUCUCUUGAGUCCCGAGCCAAUUGUCAUUUCAUUAAGAGUGAGGCAGGCGGCUCUUCAUCUAUCUGUCAUCAGUGCAGGAAGCAUUAUUGUCAGAGCUUCAGAUUGCCCGGUACCUGGCUAAGACUGGCCUGCAAUACGAGAUGAGGUCAUCUUCAGCACUGCAGUAUGUGUUCUUUGUCCUACUCCUGCCAGCUUUGGUUGUCUCCCGUUCCGAUCGGCCCUGCAGGGAUUGCUGCCAACAGAAGGGUGACGCAGGUCCUGUGGGACCACCAGGUCUGCCUGGUGUGGUAGGACCUCAGGGCCUCCCAGGCCGGGAUGGGCUCAAUGGGCUCAACGGCCCUGCUGGCUUGCCAGGCCGACCCGGUGACAAGGGAGAGAAGGGGACCUCGGGCGACAUGAGUGGCAUACUCAAGCUGCUUAACCAACAGUCCUCAGAUGUGCUCACCGACCUGCAGGAGGUGCUGGAGUUUCUCAAGGAACAGAGGGCGCAGAUGUCCAUCAGCCCCGACGUGAUGAUGGCCUCGCCACCACUGAUCCACCCGAUGGGCCGCAUAGAGAUCACAGCAUUCACUGUGGUGCGUACGUUAGACCUACCCGGGCAUGGUGACGUGGCUAAAGACAUCACGUACGACCGGGUGAUCACCAAUGUCGGUAACCGUUUCAAUUUUGAGACGGGCCACUUUGUCUGUCCAACCAACGGCACCUAUUUCUUUACAUUCAGCGUGGCUCAUGAUCGUGACACGAUGGUGGAGCUGGUGAAGAAUGAGGAGCGCUUAGUGGCUGUGCAUGGAGAUGCAGCCCAGAAGCUCCGCACCAUGUACACAAACAGUGCAGUGGUGGAGCUGGUUGAAAGAGAUGAAGUCUGGACACGUCUGACAAGAAGCCACAGCCUGAGCGGCAACACACAACACCUGACAACUUUCACAGGGUACCUGCUCUAUCCUGCUUCUGCCACCAAAAGGGUCACCAAAGGAUAACCUACAGGCCAACAGUCUGCAUAAGUCAUUAUCUCUUGGCAAUAUCAAUUGGAACAUUCACUGUACAGACUCCAACUGCUAAUAACUGUGCAUCCAGAGGGCUGAUAAAGUGAUAAAAAGUGAACAAUGACUUUCCUAAACCAAAGUUCCUGUCAAUACCCCAUUAAUUACGUGUAAAUCUCAACCUUAUAUCAGACAUUUUCACCUGCCUGCCCUGCAGUACCAUUCACAUAGACAAAAUAAGCAAAAGUGUAUCAGUUGUAAAGAACGAGGUGAAAUCUUCUAAUUAGGAUGUACACGUACAUAUACUCACUGUACUAAACUGCAUGUACAUGUACAUGUAUUUACAUGUACAGUAGCUAUCAGGUUUAGGCCAACUGCACUGUCACUGACUGUUAGUGACUCUCUGCUGAAUCGGAAGUGGCCCCAAUUUCUUUAUCAGUCAUGUACAUUAUUUUUAACGGUAAAUAUUAAGUUUAACUGUUAUGAACGUCAGCUGAAUUGGACAAGUUUGCUAAUUUUCUUAAAAAUGGAAGUUAUUCAAAAGGUAUGUGUAGUAUUUAACUUAGCUGGAAAUAAAUCCUGUUUCUGUGGAACUAGGUUUUCAGUAGAAGAGCCAACACUUCCGUAAACAUCUAGAGUUGUAUAUAAACAGGUAUGUGUAAAUAAUAGGCUGUGUGUUUGUGUGGCAAGUACAAAUAGCGAUAGAUCAAAAUACGGCUGAAAUCCAUGCCCCUAAAAUUCUGAAUUCUUAAACCCUCCAACAAUGUUCACAAGGACUAUACAGGCUCUCAUCUCUGAAUUCAUGAAUAGGAAAGGAUCUGGUUGUGUGUUAAGGAUCCGGCUAGGAGUACGAGAAGUCGGUCAUUUCUCUUUACACGACAAAGAGCUCUCUUCACCUUGUCAGCCAGCCCAGUGUGGUAAUCGGAUGCCAAAGAAUUUCCUUGAAUACUCUUCAGACAGACAGGCAGGCUGGGAUAAUAUGAAAGUGCAAUAAACUCACCCCUCUGGCAAUAUUUGUUAUUCUCAAAAACUGACCUACAGGUAUUUAUGAGCUCUUCUUUCUAAGGUGCUUUCUUUUUUUGUAAAAGCUGGUGAUACAACUCCUUUUCUAUGAUGGAACCACAACCCUCAAAUUGUAGUCUUUUUUAACAUUCUUGAGGAUUUUCAAGUUUACUGCCGUACCUCUGUGAUUACAGCUUUCUGACAGACCUAAUUUGAAGCUCAAUUGAGCGCCGACCUUCAGUUACAUUUCUGUUAUCUCGGUAUUUGAUGGUACCAAUUUUGGAAUCCAAGUGACAUUUCUUACUACAAUUUUCAUUUUCUGGUUUAUACACAGGCACGUAUCAAGGGGUAGGGAACAGAACUCUCAAGACAAGAUUUUUCACAAGACAAAAGAGGAUGGUUAUCUAUGACAACUUUUCAACAAUUAGCUUCAUCCAACUUUCCUAUCCAGUCAGUGCUCACAGGCGUUGCAUCAAAACUUCACAAACGUCCAUUUGACAAAAGUACCCGGUACGGUAACGUUUUGACACAUGUGGCACUUCUGAGAAGCAACAAAUACUGAGUGGGAGUUGUUUCUCAGUGAAAUUCCUUUCUCCAUCUGUCAGUGCUUCUUACAGUUCACUGAGCUGAAGGGCAGAUAUUCAUUACCGUAAGAAGAAGCACGUCUCCCAGUCUUGGGUUACCCUCCCAACAACACAACCUGCAUGUCGUUGGACCUUUGUUACAUUAUCUGUACUAGUGUACUGCAGUACCAUCCACACUGAUAACAACCGCUUCAUAUAUCUACAUGUAUCUUUGUUUUCAUUUUUUUUCUUUGCCCAAGUCGUAUCAUCAAGCUCAUCGAUAUUCUGAAUUCAAGGGGCGUGCAUAAUGCUGUAGGGAAGAUGGAUGACAGAACUCAUUUAAUCAUGUUGCCAUGGAGAUAUUGUUAGACGUCUGGCAAUUUUGGUUAUAUUAUUGCCACGUUGCCAGGUUAACUACCAGCAGGAAUAGAUAAACAGCCCCAAGUCAUUUAUUAAUUAACCCCAAUUCAGUCCUGAAUGUUCUAAGAGGUCUGUUAUAGUGUUGAUGGGCAAUAGUACAAUAAAGAAGAGGAUUUAUCACUCUGCGUA